UCCCCUGGACUUUGUGUCCUCCUCAGCCACCCGAGCUCCUUCGGUAUAUAUAAGGCCCCGACGCCGCCUGACAAACGCACGCUCGACACAGACGCUCGGAGACUGAACUACAGAAAUGAAGGUUUACGUGCUGCUCGUAUUGGCAGCAUUAGCUGGUUGUCAUGCUGACCUUGCCCAGCCACAAGUAACACAACUUGACUUGGUGAAGGAUGCAUUCUGGGAUUAUGUCGCCAAGGCGACACUCACUGCUCAGGACACCCUGCAGAUGAUCAGGGAGUCUGAACUGGGACAGGAAGUCAAUGCUAAGAUCACAGAGAGCGCAGAUCUGGCCAGCCAAUACGCAGUCUCUCUGCGCAGUCAGGUGACUCCUCUGGCCCAGGACCUUGUGAACAAAAUCACCCAGGAGGCCGAGCUGCUGAAGGAGCGUCUGGGACAGGACGUGAGCACGGUGAGGGCCCAGCUGGAGCCCUACGCAGAGGAGCUGAGGGCCAACAUCGAGCAGCAGGUGGAGAAGCUGCGGCAGGAGGUGGCCCCCUACACAGAGUCCCUGGACACUGAAGCCCUGAAGGCCACCCUGCUCCAGAAGAGCGAGGAGCUGAAGCAGACCCUGGAGCAGAGAGUGCAGGAGCUGCAGGCCCAGCUGGGCCCCUACACUGAGGAGCUGAAGGAGAAAGUGGAGCAGCGUCUGCAGGAGUUCCAGCAGAGUGUGGCUCCCCUGGCUGAGAGCCUCCAGACCCAGCUGGCCCAGAGAGCCAAGGUGCUUCAGCAGAGUCUGGCGCCCUACGCUGAAGACCUGAGAGAGAAGCUGGACCCCUACGCCCAGGACCUCAAAUCCCAGCUCACCGCUCUCUGGGAGUCCUUUGCCAAGAGCAGUUAAACGUCCCACCAUCAUUCUAAACUUUGCCAAAGAAAACAUGUAUUUAUCUCAUUUGAUAUUUAUACAUACAUGAUUUUGGAGAAGUACCAGUGGUUGGCUACAUUCUCUUAGUCUGUGUAUGGGUGCUACAUACUUAUUUAUGUGUAAUGCUUAUAAGGGAAAUGGUUGUUCCUUGGUCACUGGGCAUUGUUAUAAGUGUCAGAUGGAUGUUUGGUUUUCCUGCACUAAUUUAUGAAAAUAAAUGGUAAAUCUACCAAU